UCCGACUCAGACUCGGACGAGAUCGUGACCAUCUCCCGGCUGAUCCGUCGCGCCCUGGAAUGCCCGAUAUGCCUGACGCUGAUGUCGGUCAUAUCGUGCUACUGUCCCAACGGUCACGCGGUGUGCGAAUCGUGCAUGCUGACGCUAUUAAACAUGAGCAGCUCCCAAGAACGCCCCUGCCCGCUGUGCCGGGCGUUGAUGGUGCAAUCGCUGAUUACGUCGGCCACGGUCGACAAACUGACCGAGUUGUCUCGUCAGGUGAAGGUGAAGUGUUCGAACUGGUUUCACGGGUGCACUAGGCUGGUGCCCGUGAGGUAUAUGAACAAACACGAGUCCAGGUGCCUGUACGUGCCGAGCGUCCCGUGCCGUGUGACCGUGUGCCAGUGGCUCGGCAUAUACGAACAGCUGUACGAACACGUGUCCAGCUCGCAUCCCGGCGUCGCCGUCCAGACCUCGACGAACCAACUGAACGUGACCGACGUGCAAGAUAUCACAACGAAUAGGCGCCGAACAUACCUAGUCCAGUCGACGUACGGCAUGAUAUGGGUGAUGUUGUCCCGGGUCGCGCGGUCGCGCAUACAGACGGCGUUGUUCUUGGUAAACGACCAUUGGGACGGCCAUAUGCCAAACAAAAAUCACGGCGAACCCACGCCAACGGAUAUCGUGUACCGAGUCACGUGGUUCGACGCCAACGACCGGUCCCGGACCAAGAGCAGGACGAAGAGGGUUCACUGGAGCACGUCCUUGAAGCCGGAGUUCCAGCUCCUCUUGUCCAACUCGUACACGACGUUCCGAUUCAAGACUGGUCGCAUGGAAAUAAAUUGGUUUCAGUGCCCGAUGUACAAACGAAGCCAUUCGUCAACUACACGGUGA